UUUGUCUGGAACUGCCCUACUUUAGACUUUUUGUGGUAAUCUCUACAAAGAAGCCCAAACGGAGACAGCAUAACCAAACUGGCAAAUCAGGCUAUCAAGACAACUGUGAUUUGCUUGAAAAAGAAACGGAGAUUCUGUUCAUCUGACUGGAGGACAAUGUAUCAAAAAAUAUGCAAGAAUCACAGGAAUCCCACUUAACCAACCACCUAGAUGAAGUUGUUGCUGCUGUCAGCAUCACUCCUAAAUCGAAGAUCCAAAACAAGCUGCCCCAGACAGUGCUGUUCCAGCCACCACGAGAGAAACUCCACCUCUGUGAAGAGAAAGCAAAGUCCUUUUCCAGCAGUCACGAUUAUAAACAGGCUGUCAAGGAGCUUGUGCGUUAUGUAGCAUUGGCAAGAAUUUGUUACGGCAACUCCCAUUGGAAAAUAGCAGAGGCACAUGUCAAUCUGGCUCAAGGGUACCUCCAGAUGAAAGGAUAUGCACUGCAAGCAAAACAACACGCAGAAAAAGCCAAAGAAAUCCUCACCGACUCCAUUGUGCCUCCCUUUACUGACAAUUCAGAUGUUUUCAAGUGUUCCAUAGAACUGUUCUAUACCCUGGGGAAAGCCCUACUCUCCCUUCAAAAAUUUAAAGAAGCUACAGAGAAUUUGAGAAAAGCAGAGAGACUUUCCAAGGAGCUGCUACAAUGUGGAAGGAUUGUACAGGAAGAGUGGAUAGAAAUCCAAGCAAGGAUCAAAUUGUCAUUUGCACAGAUGCAUCAAGCUCAGAAGAAAUCUAAAGAAGCUUUGCCCUACUACAAAGAGGCUUUGGAAUAUACUGAGAUCAGCAAAGGUGAACAAAGUCAUGAGUAUGUAUCAGUCUUGAGGGAAUUAGCCGCUGUAGAGCAAGCCCUGGGAUUGCACGAUGUGGCCAUCAAUCAUUUCUUACAGGCCCAUGCCAUCCUCCUGAGUAGAAACCCCUCUCAAGAGGAGGUAGCCGACUCCUCACACUUUGUCGCCCGUGCUGCUGUCGCUUCUGGGAGGCCCGAGCACCAUGAUAUGGCUGAGCAGUAUUUUCAAGACAGUAUGACUCAUCUUAAAGAUUCUGAAGGGAAGGAAAGAGCCAAAUUUCUUUCAAUUCAAGAUGAAUUUUGCCAUUUUCYACAAAUCAUUGGACAAAAAGAGAGAGCAACCUUGAUCCUGAGAGAAUCCCUGGAAGCCAAAGUGGGAGCAUUUGGCGAUUUCAGCCCAGAGGUGGCAGAGACAUACCGGCUCCUGGGUGGGGAGGACCUGGAGCAGGGGAACCACAGCGGGGCCCACAAGAAACUGAAGAAGUGUCUUCAGAUUCAGAUGAUCUUAUAUGGACCGCAAGACAAGAGGACCCUGGCCACCCAGCAGUCUGUGGACACCCUGUCCAAGACCCCCGAGGUCGCCGGAAAGGCAAGGAAGUCUCCAAAAGCCAUAGUGGCAUUCUGCACCACUGUCCCUCAGCACUCUGCACUGGGAAAGGCCAGGACCAACCUGGCAGACUGAGACCCCUCACCCUUACUCCAGCGAAAGCCUUGGGCUGUCCUGGGCACAGCCAUUGAGAGGCCGUACAAACCUGUCCAACUAGAAGAUGGAACUUACCCAUGCACAGAUUCCCAAGGCCAACCGUUUGCUCCAACAUGCAACAGUAAUACUAAAACCUCUUUGGACCACAUUUUGACAGUGGAUGCUCUGAAUUCAGGGUGCUCUGGCACUUGUGUAUUCUUUCUUUUUGUCACCACUUGUGGUUUUUCUUGCCAAAAAGAAUUUGCCCACCAGCACUACUGUGGCCAAAAGAUUUCUCUGCAGAAAUUCAGAACUUCCUUGUACAUGUAGCCCCUUGCACAGAUCUGGAGUCAGAUUCAGAACAAAAGAUUCUAGAAAAGGCCCUUUCUUACAGGAAGGUAAUAGGGGUUGAGAAUAAAAUGUUAAUAAAGGGAAACACAAAAGUACUGAUGUUGGUGUGCAUUUUAAAAAUGAAGACUGGGGUGUAGCUCAGUGGUAGAGUGCUUACCUAACAUGCUCGAAGCUCUGGGUCCAUGCCUAGCACUGAAAUACACAAAUAAAUUAAAUGAAUACUCCCCAGGUUCCUCAGAGCCUGAAAAGGUGCACAGAGAUGCUGUGCCUUCACUCAUGUGCUUGUUCGCUCAAGUGAAUUUCACUGAGCACCUAGUAUGUACAAGGUCUGUGUUACAAAUGGGGACAUACUGGACAACACACAUACAGUCCCCCUUUCAUAGUGUGCGACCCAAUAUGACACUAGAUAUCAAACAUGACAGUGGAAUUAGUAAAUGAUAGCAGUAGCAAUUCAACAGAGAUGGGGUGGGUGGUAAGUGGCCUUCACUUGGACAUGGGCUCAGGGGAGGCAGCUGUAAGAGGGUGAGCAGGCCUGAGUGCUGCCUGGAGGGGCCGUGCAGGGAGGGACACACACUCCCUGCUGCUUUGCUUCUUCCUGUUGCCUCUCCCCUGGCGAGACAAACAGCACUGCUUCUGGGGCUGCACAGUCCCUGGUGCUGUGUCCACAGUGGGCUUCGGCCUCCUUGGGCCACAGCUGGUGGGAUGCUACAGUCAUGUGAUGGUGGCCCUUUAGCAGAAAGUUUUGAGCUCUUUCUCUUGGGUGUCAACAAGAAGAUCAGGGCAGGGAUAAGGUGGAUGGAACCUCCAGAGGUUGGGGGUGCAGGCAUGAGCAGUGCUGUCCCUCCCCCACGUUCCUUCAUCCCCCCUUUUGUGGCCAGGGAGGCUGCAGGUCAGUGCUAGAAUGACAGCAGCAUUUCAGCUCGGCUUCCCUGUGCUCUGACCUGCCAGGGAAACCCCGGUCACACCAAGUCCAACUGUACAGAGCAGCACCUCAAG